AAAUAAACAAGAGGCUCAAAUCAGGUUCCGUUUGAGUCAAUCGGCUGGUCGUUGAAUCAUUCUUGACCUCGGCUUGGAGUCAACUGAUCGAUGCAGGCCGGGCAGACAUGUCAGUCAACAUGUGCUCUUCUUGACUGCAUUGUGAGGGUAUAGCUCCUGGGAAACACUGGUGUGACGGUCUAUGGGAGUCUCCCAUGUGACGGCAUCCCCUUGUUGGGCCACGUGGUGGGUGGGGUCACUAGGAGCUGAAAUAUUAUUAUUUAAUCAUGGAUCAUAAAUCUCCAAAAAAUACAGACAAACCAGAAAACAUCAAUGAAAAUAUUGCCAGUCAGCCAUCCUACUUAAUAGUGCAUGCUACUGGGGAAAAACCUUUGUCAAAAUGUUCCCCUUUUUUGAUUCAGAAGUUAUUUGAAUCAACGAUCGGGCACCUGAAAAAAACGCAAAAAUUGAGGUCAGGAGACCUACUUGUAGAAACUGCCUCACCUCAACAGUCGGCAAAACUUUUAGCUGCAAAGAAAUUGGGAGACAUUGAAGUCACAGUCACACCACAUGGAAGUUUGAACUCUUCACGUGGUGUGAUAUCUGAGUUUGAUCUGAUGUCUGAAGAUGAAUCAGAUAUUCAGAUUGGCCUUUCAGACCAAGGUGUUACUGCUGUCCGACGUAUCUCCAUUCGUCGGGAUGGCAAGUUAAUACCAACUAAACAUUUAAUCCUCACCUUUAACAAGCCGACAUUGCCAUCUUUUAUUACAGCAGGUUAUCUGCGCUGCCCUGUCCGUCCGUACGUUCCAAAUCCGCUGCGUUGUUUCAAAUGCCAGCGGUUUGGACAUUCACAGACAUCCUGCCGUGGCAAGAGCGUAUGUGCACAGUGUGGGACUGAAGGUCACGAGAGUACUGAGUGUACCAGUACCCCAUGCUGUGUUAACUGCAAAGAUGCCCAUCCUUCUUACUCCCGAAAAUGCCCUGCAUGGCAAAGAGAAAAGGAGAUACAACGGGUGAAAACAGUAAACAACUUACCUUACCCAGAGGCGCGCCGAAUGGUCACUUCAAGUGCACCACUAAAACAAAAGACAUUCGCUGCGGCUUUGAAGUCCACAAAAACAUGUGGAGUUCAAACCGACAUUUCUGUCUCCCCAAAGGAAUCCCUUACCAGGCAUGCGAAAUGUUUAAUGAUUCCACGAAAAGAAACACCAGAAAAGGAGAGUUUAAAAGCAAAAACACCCCUACCUAAAACAGGGGUAAUAACAAAAAACCUGGGUUCUAACAAGGCUAGUAAGAACCCACUAAACAAGCAGAGAGUAAAAGCAGCUCUCUCUAAAUGUAAAAAAUCAGAAGCCCACUCUAUGAGUGAGUUUUCUUAUAUCUCUGAUGAAGAGACUAAUCAAAAGGUGACAAAACCAAUAUCACCUCCAAAAGAAAAACCCCCGGUUAGAUUAAAGAGAGAUAAUCUCACAAAGAAUGCUGCCUCAAACACAUAAUGGGUUAUA